UAUCAAAAAAGAACUAUUUAUUUUAUUAUGAUUAAUUGGAUGUAAACUUACAAAGGCCGGUUUAUUUUACAUUUUCCUGAAAUUCUACAUAGAAAGUUAUAUGUUUAGAAAUAUAAAAUGUCAAAUUUUCUAAAACUCGCCUGGGUAAAGCAAGCAACAGUGUCGAUUGCCGCCACGCGUUGUAUCGUGGGCUACUCGUUGCGAUCCUACAGUAAUUCAGAAUCUUCGGAUUCCGGUGGAGUGCAAUCACGGGAAGUUGAAUCCCGUCUUGGAGGAUUUGCUAGGGCAUUUGAAAAACAUUCCUUGCCUACAGCUGAUAGCGAAACCACUAAACCAUCGAAAACCUUCGCUUCCUUGUUGAGGAACUCCAAAUUUAUUGAUCUUGGAGAUCCGGAGAACAAAAUUGUCAGCGGCAAAAUAUUCCACAUAGUUGAAGACGACUUGUAUAUUGAUUUUGGAUGGAAGUUCCAUUGUGUUUGUACCCGACCAACCAAGAAUGCAGAACAAUACGUUCGAGGUGCACGAGUACGUCUACGCAUACGAGAUUUGGAACUCUCAACGAGAUUUUUGGGAUCGGAUAAAGAUUUGACUCUGUUGGAAGCUGACUGUCAACUGCUGGGCUUAAUUUCUACACCGGCUAAAAGUCCAUCAAUGCGGGAAACCGAAGAAUUAUAAGGGUAUGUUCUUUGUAUUCGCUAAAAAAUUAGUUAAUUAAUAUAUAGAAU